AUGAGUCGGGCCUUACAAAGAGCUGCUCAGUUGCCGUUCUCAAGCGAAAUUGAACGGGCCCCUAUGCCAAGCCGAUUUACACGGCCACUGUUUAACUCCUACGAUGGGAAAACGGACUCGGUGGAGCAUGUCAGUCAUUAUAUCCAUAUGAUGUCUUUGCACGCGCACAACGAUGCGCUGAUGUGUAAGGUGUUUCUCUCAAGUCUUGGCUCCACGGCUUUGAGAUGGUUUAAUGGGUUACAAAAAGGUUUCAUUCAUAGUUUUGCCGAGUUGAUCCAGGAGUUUGGCACUCCAAUCAUGACGUGCAACCGGAGUUAUGCCAGUCGGUAUUGGGAGCUAUACAAUGAAAUCGGUGGGGGUAAUGAGAAGAUUGCAGCAAGCACUUUCAGGAUGGGGCUGCCCAAGGACUCUGAACUACGAGAGUCGUUGAGGAAAAGAUCUCCCGAGGAUAUGAGGCAACUUAUGAGGCGUAUUAAGGAGUAUAAAUGUCUCGAGGAUGAUCGCCUGCAGAAUAAAGGUAAGGCCCCGUUGCUAAAUUGUUCCCGGCAGGGCGUUUUUCCCCCGAGACCAAGGAAGGAUUUUAGGAUGUAG